GCUUUUCUAUGCUAGAAUACUCACCUAAGUAACUUGGUUUUGGGUGACCCAUCUACCCUGAUCAGUUGCUCCCAUUUCAAAGGCAUCCUUGGAAAGCUUGUACGAUGAUCUAGGAGUCAUAUUAUAUAUAUAUUGCGUGCACAAUGGGCAGAGGAGAGGUGAUGCACUGCCUUGUUCGGUCUGGCCGACGUUGAGAAGGAGUAGCCUUCGGACCAAGCACUGUAUAGGCUGGAGUGAGGUUGAUUUCUUGCGAUGCAGUCUCCGGACAAGAAGAAGAUUCUGAUAAAGGAAUGGGACUCGAAGAUCGCUGCUGUCAAGAUCCGCAAGGAGGACAUGAAUCGGCUGGUCAUGAACUUCUUGGUCACAGAGGGCUAUGUGGAGGCAGCACAUACGUUUGAGAAGGAGUCUGGAACACCACCAGGGGUUGACCUUGGAGCCAUAACUGACCGCAUGGAGAUCCGCAAAGCCGUGCAGAGCGGCAAUGUCGAAGAGGCCAUAGAGCGUGUCAAUGAUCUCAACCCAGAGAUCCUGGAGGAGAAGCAGCAGCUUUCGUUCCACCUCCAGCAGCAGCGGUUGAUAGAGCUCAUCCGGCAAGGCAAGACCGAGGAUGCCCUGGAGUUUGCGCAGGAGUACCUGGCUCCACGCGGCGAGGAGAACCCUGCUUUCCUGGAAGAGCUCGAACGCACGAUGGCACUGCUUGCGUUUGAAGACACGCGCAGCAGCCCGGUGGCCGACCUCAUGGACAUCUCACAGCGCCAGAAGACGGCGAGCGAGCUCAAUGCUGCGAUCCUGAGCAGCCAGUGCCAGGAGCGCGAACCGCGGCUGCCAGGCCUGCUGAAACUGCUGCUCUGGGCCCAGAACCAGCUUGACAGCAAGGCCAUCUACCCCCGCAUGGAUGACCUGGUCUCUGGGACGCUGUCAGAGCCGACAUCAGAUGUGCCCAAUGUAUAUUGACUGACACCACGCUGACCUGAUUAUAGCAGCACCCUUUGCGAGGCUUUGUUGUGUGGGCCUCCAUACACAAGUCCUGGUGAUUGGCCCUUGUCAGUGACAAAUUGUCACCCAUGUGGAUCUCAGCGCGGCUUGCGGCAUUGAGACUUUAGGAACUCUUGAGGUAAGCAUAUAGAGUUUUCUUGCUCUUGCCAGCCGCCAAGUAUACUAAUAUUCAUCCCUGUACAAAGUGCACCAAUACCAUACGAUAGUGUGCCAAGCCCUGACUCAAGUCAGGGCCCUCAUCAGGGCUCAUGGCUCAGGGCUUCUGAUGCUGGAAUUGUGUCAGAAAGGCAAGGGCAGUGUGCUACUCAAUUAGCUGGGUCCAGCCAUUAAAGGAAUCAUGAAACAAGCAAAGUUGCAGUUGCAGAGUGCAGUGCUCCAUGACUCUUACAUGUCUGCAACUGAUCUGCAAGCGCUCCAGCCUGGCAGGUCCUGAGCUCAAGACUUGUACUACUCAAGACUUGUAUCAGUAAUCACCGUGU